ACACACAUACAGACACAUGUAUACACACACAGACACGUACACACACGCAUACAUGUACAUACACACAGACACAAGUACACACAGAAACACACACGCACAGACACAUGUACAUACAAACACACCCCUAUAAAAAGUUGCAGUACUUUGUUGUUCACUCACAGAGCUGGGUACUGCACUCUAGGGGGAGGCAGAGAGCACAGCACACACUCCUUCCUUUGCUUUCACUGCGCUCAGCUGUUGAGCAGUCUGACGGCUCCCAGUGCCAAUGACAGAUCCAGCCCUGAGUUCCGA